AUGGCUCGGGUCGAGCUAGAGCUGGAUACCAAUCGGCUGUCCGUUGACAGGAUUAUCGAGCUACUGGAAAUGAGGACUGGAUACAAAUUCGAGGAGCAGGUGACGGUUUCUGGUCAGGUUUUAGAGUUCAUCAUCACCGAUCCCAGGCGUUUGCAGCAUGCCAUCCAACCACGCGGCGUCACACGUGUCGAGGCCCCCGAACGAGCACCAUGGCGUCCUUUCGGCUUGUUGAGUGGGCGCAAGGGCUUAACGCAGGAGAAGACGGCCGACGUCAACGGAGAUCCCGGUGCCGAGGACAGCCCUCGCAGAACCUCGAAGCUACGUAUACCACCGACCAAGAUAUAUUACGACGCGAACGUUAUCGGCGCUCGAGACGUCUACGAACACUACCUCAAAUACGAUCCCGAUCUAACUCUAGCACCUCUAGUGGCAGAUCCAGGGCUUGAUCUUGGAGCCAAGCAGACCAGAAGAGCCCUGAAAUGGUUCCUUCCCACACUGGCUCUCACUCUCCCCGUCCUCAUCUUCGCAUGGGCCCCACUCAACCACGAGAAUCCCACUUUCGCCCACAUCUCAUUGGCUCUAGCAACCCUCGUACAGCUAAUCGCCUUCUACCAAUUCGUUCCGAACGCCUUGAGAUCUCUCUAUCACUCUCACGUGUUAGAGAUGGACUUCUUGGUGACAUUCAGUACCAUGAUGGCGUACGUUUUCAGCGUCGUAUCCUACAAGUACCAACUUGAUGGUAGGCCACUAGAAACUGGAUCGUUCUUCGAGACGUCUACGCUGUUGGUCUCGCUUCUCUUGCUGGGCCGCUUCAUCAAUGAAUACGCUCGUUAUCGAGCUGCGAAGUCGGUAUCCUUCAGAUCGCUCCAAGUCGACCAGGCAAUCCUUGUGCAGCAGACCACGACGUCGUGGGCCAACGCAAUCACGAGCAGAAUCGACAGCAGACUACUACAGUACGGUGAUUACUUCUGCACACCACCGCACACCAGGAUCGUGACAGACGGCGUGGUCGUAUACGGAGGCUCCGACGUCGACGAAUCAAUGAUGACGGGUGAGUUCAAGCCGAACGCGAAGGGACUCGACUCGGAAGUCUUCGCAGGCACCAACAAUGGAGACGGUCAGCUCAUCGUGAGCUUAACGAAGCUGCCUCAUGAGAACUCGGUCCAGCAGAUUGCUGCCUUGGUUGAAGACGCUGAGUUGACAAAGCCGCGAGCACAAGCACUGGCUGAUCGGGUCGCUGGUUGGUUCGUUCCCGCGAUGGCUUCCAUUGGGCUCACGGUCUUUCUCAUCUGGCUAUUCGUUGAGCGAUACCACAGCACAAAAUCCUGGAGGUGUGUCCGCCAAGCUCUCUUCCGUGGAGGCAGGUCAAGAAGCUCGGUACUCACUGCCAUUACCUAUGCCAUCGCCACCCUCAUCGUCUCAUGUCCAUGCGCCAUCGGUCUUGCCGUACCCAUGGUCGUCUUGAUCGCAGGUGGUGUGGCCGCACGGCACGGGAUCAUCUUUCGGGACCCCCAGAAGCUCGAGAUCGCACGCAACGUCGCCGAUGUCAUCUUUGACAAGACCGGUACCAUUACCACGGGAAGACUUGAGAUCAUUGGUCUCCCUAUGCAUCGCAACACGGACCACAUACUCAUGAAGGGGCUGUUACUAGGCCUUGUGAAGGACAUCAAGCACCCUGUGUCCAUCGCAAUCACCCAGUAUCUGGAACGAGACAUACUCGCCCACAAGAACUUCGAACCUCUUCAGGUCAACAACAUCACCAGUAUCCCUGGCAAAGGCGUCCAAGGCAAUUGUGCGAAAACUGGGGUGGAGAUUCGUGCAGGUAACGCAGAAUGGCUUCACAUCAACGUCAUCGGACAAGGAAAGAACACAGCAUGCUACUUUACCUACGGCGGCGAUCUUCGCAUGAGCUUCGAACUCCUGGAUCAACCCCGGCCCGAAGCAAUAAUGGUAAUCAAAGAACUCCACGCUCGAGGAAUAAACGUACACAUGCUCAGUGGCGACAACGACGGCGCUGUCAGCGACGUGGCGACAACCCUAUACAUCGACGAGGCGAAUACAAAGGCUCGAUGCACACCCGAAGGAAAGAUGCAGUACAUCCGUGAUCUCCAGGACUCGCGCAGGAAAUCCAUCGUCAUGUUCCUGGGUGACGGAACGAACGACUCUGCAGCGCUCAAACAAGCCGACGUGGGCGUGCACCUCAAUGAUGGUUCCGACGUUGCAAAGUCCGCGGCUGAUGUCGUCCUUAUAACGACCCGACUACACGACGUUCUCAUCCUACUUGACAUAUCGCAUGCGGCAUACCGACGCAUCUGCUGGAACUUCAGUUGGUCGGCGUUCUACAAUUUCUUCGCCAUCAUCCUUGCUGCCGGCGCAUUCGUCAAGCUCCAGGCCAACGUGAGGAUCACCCCGCAGUGGGCAGGUCUGGGCGAGCUCAUCAGCGUCCUGCCUGUGGUCUUGAUCGCGUUCCAGAUGCGCUUCCGCAACUAUGGGAAACCGUACGGAGCGAUGGAGAGGACGUAUCAGAAGGUUGAGGCGCCGAAGCGCGAGCAGCGACGUAGUCGCCAGAGUGCUAGUUCGGCGAGCGCUGGGUGCUGUGAGAUGCCCACGUCGACUUUGGCACAUGUUGACGCUAUUACGGGUAUGAGUGAGAAACGUGGGCUUGGGAAGGUGGCGUAUUGGCUUUCGUCGAGACGAUGA